GUCACAUGAAAUCGACUCUAGACAAGGCGCAUUAAUGUCCUUAUUUCAGUGAUACUCAGUAUAGCGUGGAAGACUUGCUAUAGAAGGAUAUCUAUAUUGACCAUACCUACGGAUAGACACUGGUAUAAACAACAACGAGCCCAUGGCGGACAACGGCGGUAUCGUGAAGGCCGCGGGCAUCAUAGUAUACAUCGUGGACGCACUUUUGGGUGCCCCCAAGUUCCUACUUCUCAAAGCAUCCAACAAACCAUUCCACUGGACGCCCCCAAAGGGUAGACUGGAUCCCGGGGAAUCCUUCAUGGAAGCGGCGUACCGGGAGACCUGGGAGGAGUCCGGAUUACAGAAGGAUUUGAUUGAAAUGGACACUUCAUUCCAGGAGGUCCUGAGGUACAAGGCCAACGGGAAGGACAAGGAAUGUGUCUACUACCUCGGCAAACUGACCGGCGCUGAUCCAAAAAUCACUAUAUCGCAUGAACACACGGACUAUGCGUGGGUCCCUGCCAAGAAUAUCGGCGACUACUGCGACAAAGAAUCGCUUUGCGAGAUGAUAGCCAAGGCUGAUCUCCACAUACGUAAUCGACUGCAGUAAAAUGCAGACA